AUGGUGUACGUAAGCACACAGAAACCAAGCACACCUAUAGAGCAAAGUAUGACACUAGAAGAGCUCAGGCAGGGUUUACUGGAAAUAGCAAUCGAUCAGACUGAAAAGAUAUCCAGAAGUGAAUUAAUUAAAAUAAUUACAACGGUGGGAGAUAAACUAACCUUAACAGAAGCAAAUCAAGUUCUUUCUUUGAUACCCACAGUUAAUGGAAUAAUUGAAAUAUCUUCAUUAGUCAGUCACCUACAGAGUAAUUCAGAAUAA